AUGCGGCCCGCGGGGCUGGCGCAGGUGGAGGCGGCCAAGGCGGAUGGACGCUGGGACCGCGCGUAUGACGGGGUCACGGUUCCGGGCGAUUUGGAGGCGGCGUUGAAGGCGGCGCCUGGUGCGGUGGAGGCGUUCGAGGGGAUGGCCCGCGGGGAGAGGUAUGGGGCUUUGUUGAGGGUGCAGAUGGCGCCUGUGCGGAGCAGGGCGAGGUAUGUUGCUGCGCUGGUGGAGAGGUUGGUGCAGGGUCAGCCACAGACGGGUUCGACGGAGAAGAGGAAGAGGGAGAGGGAGCCCGGUGAGAAGGAUCUGCAGUCUAGACGAAGGAUGGAGUAG